AUGAAUAUAUUCCGGUUUCUUGGAGAUGCUUCACAUUUUGCAGCUAUUAUAAUUUUACUACUGAAGAUUUGGAAAACACGAUCUUGUGCAGGUCUGUCAGGACGUAGUCAAAUUGCAUUCGCUAUUGUAUUCACCACACGUUAUGUUGAUCUUCUGACAUCUUAUGUGUCUCUAUACAAUUCUCUCGCAAAGAUCAUCUUCAUAUUUUCAUCUUAUGCGACAUUGUAUUUAAUAUAUUUUAGAUUCAAGGCUACAUAUGAUGGAAAUCAUGACACGUUUCGUUUGGAGUUCCUUAUUGUUCCAUGCGCUCUACUAGCAUUGAUUGUCAAUCAUCGUUUCCAAAUUAUUGAGUUGUUGUGGACCUUCUCCAUAUAUUUGGAAUCAGUUGCCAUCCUGCCACAAUUGUUUCUUAUUAGCAAAACUGGAGAAGCAGAAACCAUCACUUCUCACUACUUAUUUUCGCUUGGUUCUUACCGUGGUCUGUACAUACUCAACUGGAUAUAUCGGUAUUAUGUCCAGAACUAUUACGAUUUGAUAGCCAUCUCUGCGGGUGUUUUGCAAACUUUACUAUAUUGCGAUUUUUUCUACUUGUACAUAACUAGAGUCAUUCUGAGGUUUGGUCGUAAUUCUGGGGUCUUCCGAGUCGGUACAUACAUUGAUAUGUGUCGUAAUGCUCGCGGCAUCUCGUCUCAUCUGGAUACUAGACAUGGUGAUCCAAGAUGA